AUGAGUGAAACCACCAUUCCACCAGUUGCUAUUUCCACACUUUCCCACUCUGAUUCAAGCUCGUCUAUUUCUUCACUUUCUGCUCAACAAGUAGCUCCACCAUGUUGCUUUGUCUGUAAGGAAGAAGUUGAUGUUUUCCAAGAAGCAAAAAGUCAAUGUAUUGACUGUAAUCUUUUCUUGUGUGCUCGUGAUGCUGCUAUCCACAGAAAGAAAGAACCUUCCCAUCAAGUGAUCGAUUUUAUUGGAGCCUCCUCACAAUCACUCUCAGGAAGUGGUAUUCUAUUGGGACAACACUUGCACAAUCAUGAAGGACAUUUGCCACCAACUCCACGUCAAAGUAUCAGCUCAUCAACAACUGCCAGUCCAAUGGUUGCCUCAACAAUUAACACAACAGGUACUUUUGGAGGUCCUGCCCCAUUGUGUUUAAUUCACCACAUUCCUAUCAACACUUUCUGUGGAAGUUGUAAGAAAUUGGUUUGUUCUGCUUGUGCUAUUGAAGAACAUCGUGAAGGUCACGGAGAAGUCAACAUGAUUUCAAAGAUUGAACCAGAAGAACGUGCCAAUUUGGAAAAGGUUUUGCAAAAUUUGAGAGAUUCAUUGAAAGAAUGGGAAGAAUCACAUAAAACCCAUGAUAAUGAAUUAGAAGAAGAAAGUACAUUGAUUGAAAAGGAAAGAACUAGAUUGAAGGAAGAAGUUCAAGUUAUUUUCGAUGGUUUAAGACAAUCUUUACAAGAUAGACAAGAUCAAUUGAAUGCCGAUAUUGAUGAAAUUUGUCAAAAACAAAUUACCUAUACCAAUAGAGUUAUUGAUUUAAAGAAGAUUUCCGUCGAUUACAUUGCUGAAUUUGAUAAAUUGGCUGAAAUGUCUGGCUUUGAAAUGAUGGAUAGAAAAUUAGGUAAACUUCCACAAACACUUCAAUCUUUCGAAGAUUUGAAGACCUUCUUCAAGUAUUUACUUUUGGAAGAAGUUCACGAUGUUCAACUCACCAAUGUUGAAACCAUGCUCAAAUAUGUUCAACGUGAAAUUGCACAAUUGGGUGAAAUCAUCAAAACUGAUCCAAAGACUAAAGCUCCAACUCCAGUUUCAAAGUCACCUGCCACUACUCCAGUUUCCGAACAACCUGCCAACUCUUCAACUGCCACUGUUACAUCUGCUUCUAGCACUCCAACUGUCACCGAAGCUUCAACUCCAUUCAAACAAUAUUCUAUGAGAUUUGAACAUGCUGGUGUUAUUGGAAAGACUGGUAAGGAAGGUAGUGAUAAUGACUUGUUCAAGGGUCCAUGGGAUGUUAAAGUUUCACACAAUUGUGGAGUUAUCAUUGUCUCUGACAGUCGUAACAAUAGAAUUCAAUUCUUUGAUCUCAAAACUAAGGAAUACAAGGCUACUCACAAGACACCAAAGAAUCCAAGAUAUUUGGCCAUUGAACCAAACUUUGAAGGUAAUAAUGAUGCUUUGAUUUACACUUGUGACAAUCACUGUGUCUACAAGUACAAUUUGAAGCAAUUGUUGACAGCUCACGAAAAGGAAAAGGUUGAACCAAUCUGGACCUCAGGUAAGAAGAAGGGUAGCGAUAUUUCCUUGUUCAAUGAACCUGCUGGUGUUAUCGUUUGUACCUCUAGAAAGAUCAAUCAAAUGUUCCCAGAAUUGGCUCAAACUGGUGGUAACACUGUCUUUGUUUGUGAUGGUGAAAAUCAUCGUGUUAAGGUUUUGAAGGCCUCUGAUGGUAAACCACUCAAGGUCUUUGGUUCAAAGAAGGAUGAUAAGGACGGUAUUCUCUUCAAUCAACCAGAAGGUAUCUACUUGUCCAUCAAUAAUAAUCUCAUUGUCUCGGAAUAUGGCAGUCACAGAAUGCACAUUAUUGGUAUUGAUAAGGAUAAUCACGAAUUUGUAUCUUUGAGAGUCUACGGAAAGGAAGGCCAAGGAAGUAUGGAAUUUAUCAACCCACGUGGUAUUGCCAUUGAUGAAACUCUUAAGAAUGUUGUUGUCUGUGAUGGUGGUAACAAUAGAAUCACUUUCUUCAAUUUGGAUUCUGGUGUUUUCACUGCCAGUUACAAUGGUUCAUUGGGUAAGGAUCAAUUCGGUCGUGUUGUUGGUUCCUUCUUUGAUGAAAAGACUGGUGACUUGUACCUUGCUGACUAUACCAAUUCUAGAGUUGUUAUUCUCAAAUAAUUAUUGUUAGAAGAAAGAAACCUAUGUAAAUUGACCUAGACAACUAAGCUCACUAAAUCCUAAAUAAAAUAAAAACAAUUUAAAAUUAUUAUAAAA